GGCGUCCUCCAUGGGGAAGGAGCUGAACUUCAACAUCGGCGUGUUAGGUCACGUUGACAGCGGUAAAACCUCACUUGCCAAAGCGUUAAGUACCACAGCAUCAACUGCAGCAUUUGAUAAAAACCCACAGAGUAAAGAGAGAGGAAUUACUCUAGAUUUAGGGUUUUCAUCGUUCUCUGUGGAUCUUCCGGAUCACCUAGCGGGAGGGAAGUAUGACAGGUUACUGAUGACCUUGGUUGACUGCCCUGGCCAUGCUUCACUCAUUAAAACCAUCAUUGGAGGCGCGCAGAUUAUCGACCUAAUGAUGUUGGUGAUUGAUGUUACCAAAGGAAUGCAGACCCAAUCUGCAGAGUGUCUGGUAAUCGGAGAAAUAACAUGCUCUAAAAUGGUUGUAGUCUUAAACAAGACAGAUCUUCUGCCAGUGGAAAAGAAAAAGCAAGUCGUUGAAAAGAUGACCAAGAGGAUGCUGAAGACACUGGAGAACACCAAGUUUGCGAACAGUCCCGUCGUUGCCGUAGCGGCUAAGCCCGGCGGACCAGAAAACGCUGACUGCCAAGCUGAUGGCGUUGAUGCAUUGAUUGAGGAACUGAAACGGCAGUCAUAUCUACCUAGUCGCGAUUCGUCUGGACCAAUGCUGUACGCCGUCGAUCACUGCUUCUCCAUCAGAGGCCAGGGAACGGUGAUGACUGGUACCCUGUUGAGAGGUCAAAUCGCAGUCAAUGAUACUGUUGAGAUACCCGCGUUGAAGAUCACUCGUAAAGUGAAAUCUAUGCAGAUGUUUAGACAGCCAGUGCAAUCUGUUUCUCAAGGGGACCGCGUCGGAGUGUGCGUCACCCAGUUUGAUCCCAAGCAGCUGGAGAGGGGGCUUGUCUGCACGCCCUCGACCCUACCGACUAUUCUAGCUGGUAUUAUAUCGGUCCAGAAGAUAACAUACUUCAAAGGAACAUGUUCCACAAAAGCAAAAUUCCACGUUACCAUGGGCCAUGAUACGAUAAUGGCGAGGGUUUUCUUCUUCGGCCUUCCUGCAAAUCACCAAGUCACGCUGCCUUCUGCUUCUAGUGAAGAUUUCAAUUUUGACCAGGAGUAUAUCUAUCAGGAAGAGUUACUCAGCCCACCGCCGAAAUCAUCCAAUCAGAAGUCAGAAGACAAAGAAAAAUUGCACAGUACAGGAUCGUACUCCAAUCAACAGUGGGCUUUGAUAGAGUUUGAGAAGCCUGUUACUUGCCCUGCAAGCUGCCUUGUGAUUGGUUCAAAGUUGGACACAGAUAUUCAUUCCAACAGUUGCAGACUUGCCUUUCAUGGUCAACUGUUACAUCACAUCACAGACAAGGCUUACCCAGAAACAGUUCUUCCUCGGUUGAAAAUCUUCAAGAACAAAUCAAGGGAAGGAUUUGUUGAUAGGAUGACCGAUGAUUACACAGUUAUUGGGCGUUCCUUGUUCAAGAAAGAGACAAACCUUCAAGCCUUUGUUGGGCUCAAGGUUGAGCUGGCCACUGGGGAGGAGGGAGUCAUCGAAGGCGGCUUCGGACAGAGCGGGAAGUACAAGAUCAGAAUUUCAGCUGGUUUGAAACCUGAGACCAUACAACAACUCUCAGCAUCAAGUAAAAAGAAAGGAAAAAAGACUAAUAAAACAGGUGACUCGGAGGAAGGACCAACACCUACAAGUGAAGGAGACGGAGCCUCGUUAAAACAUCAACCAAUCAAAAUCAGCCUGCGAUUCAAACGCUACGUUUAUGAUACAAAGAAACAGAUGAUCCAAGCGUGACAUCAGAUACUGGUAGCUCUCAACCUUAUCGUUUCUCCCAUGUCAGUAAGCACCUAGACUUGUGGACAAGUCGUGAUAUGUCGCGGUGAUAGCGUUCCGAUCUUCUCUGUGAUUGGUUAUUUCAAUUACAGAUUUUUCUUCCUCCGUGGACAUAACCGCUCCGGUUUUUCAGCAGAAUCUCAAAAACGCUUCCACCGUUUCAAACGAAAUUAUCAGGAGUUAGUUUGACAAUGUUUGAUUGUCGAA